GAGAAGAAAAGAAGAAGAAGCAGAAAAAACAACCAUGAACGACAACCCCGCCAACAAUCACCUCCCUGCAAACUUAACCCCACAGGCCCGUCAAAUGCUCGAAGAUGCGUACGACCGGGUCCUCGAAGCGCGUGCCCUGGUAUUAGCAGCAUCGGAUGUGGCAGAGCAUAUCGAUGCGCAUAUCCGACUAAGAUUUGCGCAAGAGCGCGAGCAGGAGAUCAUAUCAGAGGUUCUUGGCGGGAGUGGGAGUGUUCAGGGGACCGGGACCGGGCCCGAGAGCCGGAGCAGCAGUAGUGAUGACCCUGAUUUUGUUAAUGUGGAGGAGGAGGCGGAUGAGAUCGAGGUUGAUGGGUAUUUUGGCUAUCGAGGAAGUAGCUCCUCUACCGGAAACGCACAGUCGCAGACCCUCUUCGGUUCCGCAGACUUGCCCAUCCAUCCACCGCUGGUCGGACACAUGCGCCUCAAGUCCUACCUGCGCGAACGCCGCCAUGCGUCUCUCAGCGUGCUGACAGAUCAGGAGCUGUUAAUAAACCAUGCCGUGGCCAAUUACGAGACCAUCCCCGAGGCCCGCCGCCGCUUCCAACACCAUUACAUCGGCCUCAACAUGCCGCAAAACUACAUGCACGCCUUCGCCCUCCAGGACAGAAUGCUAGGGCCUAAAAGGACGUCAUCUGGUUCCGCCAGCGACGCCGCCGCCGCCGAUAAAAGUAGAGGUAGAGGCAAAGGCAAGGGCAAAGGCAGGGCCAUGGCUGCAACUUCGACUACUAAUCAUACUGCCUACAACGAAAUCCCACUCCCAGCUACAUCCGCUGCCGCUGCCGCUGCCACAACCACGAGCACCACGACAACAGGUUCGGGCUCGUCUUUACGAACCCAACCCGGGCGCCCCAUAGUUGAUGUUCUGGAAGUCGAUGGCGGGUGGCGGAACAGGAGCGCUGGGGAUGAGGGGUAUGGCCCUGUCCCCUUGCAUGGGUCUGUCGCUUCGUCUUCAUAUGCAGCUAAGGGUGGUGGCGAUGGUGCUAGGAGAGGGAGCAGAAGGGUUGGAAGGGCUACUGCCGCUGAGAGUAGUGGGCAGGGUAGAAGGAGAAGUGCGAGACAUGCGGCACGUGGGGUUGAGGCUGGGGCUGGGGUCGGGAUUGGGUAG